CACUGGCUUCGGGAGUUGGAGACUCUUUACCGGCAGUUUCAGUGGGACAGAAAGAGAGGUUUGGGAACGGUAUUUUCUCAUCGCAGAAGCAACUUAAAAUGCCUCGGAAGAUGGUUGUAAUCUUUGGAACUUCAAACAUACUUUGGAUGGUGUUUGCAGCUUCUCAAGCUUUUAAAAUCGAGAUCUCCCCUGAAUCCAAAGUUCUUGCUCCGAUUGGUGAGUCGGUCUCACUGACCUGCAGCACCACAGGCUGCGACUCCCCAUCGUUCUCUUGGAGAACCCAGAUAGACAGUCCGCUGAAUGCGAAGGUGAGGAGUGAGGGCACCAAGUCCACGCUGACCAUGGAUCCUGUUAGUUUCGACAAUGACCAUUCUUACCUGUGCACAGCGACUUGUGGAUCUGGGAAACUGGAAAAAGGAAUCCAGGUGGAACCCUACUCUUUCCCUAAAGACCCAGAGAUCCAGUUGAGUGGCUCAUUGGAGGUUGGAAAGCCAGUCACAGUCAUUUGUUUGGUCCCUGAUGUUUACCCAUUUGACAGGCUGGAGAUAGAUUUACUGAAGGACGACCAAGUCAUGAAGAGUCAGAUUUUUCUGGAGGACAUGGACAAGAAGUCCACGGAAACCAAGAGUUUAGAAGUAACCUUUAUUCCUGUCAUCAAGGAUAUUGGAAAAACCCUUUUUUGCCGAGCUGAAUUACACAUUGCUGGAAUUGAUCCUGAACUCGCAGAAAGAAAGACCACAAAAGUACUGCAAGUCUACAUCUCACCCAAGAAUAUAGUUAUCCUUGUGAACCCUUCCACAAGUCUGCAAGAAGGUGGCUCUGUGACCAUGAUGUGUUCCAGUGAUGGCCUGCCAGCUCCAGAGAUUUUCUGGAGCAAGAAAUUAGAUAAUGGGAAUCUACAGCCCCUUUCUGGGAAUGCAACUCUCACUUUAAUUGCCAUGAGGGUGGAAGAUUCUGGAAUUUAUAUAUGUGAAGGAGUUAAUCUGAUUGGGAGAAACAGAAAAGAAGUGGAAUUAAUUGUUCAAGAGAAACUGUUUACAGUCGAGGUCUCCCCUAAGUCCCGGAUUGCUGCUCAGAUUGGGGACUCAGUUGUGUUGACGUGUAAUGUCACAGGCUGUGGAUCCCCAUCUUUCUCUUGGAGAACCCAGAUAGACAGCCCACUCAGUGGGAAGGUGAGAAGCGAGGGGACCAAGUCCACGCUGACCCUGAGUCCCAUUAGCUUUGAGAACGAACACGAUUACCUGUGUACAGUGACUUGUGGGCAUAAGAAACUGGAAAAAGGAAUCCAGGUGCAAGUCUAUUCGUUCCUUAGAGAUCCAGAAAUUGAGAUGAGUGAUCUUGUAGUGAAUGAAAACCCCGUCACCGUAAGCUGCAAGGUUCCUGAAGUGUACCCUUUUGACCGGUUGGAGAUUGAUUUACUAAUGGGAGAAAAUAUUAUAAAGAAUAAAGGCUUUUGGGGGGACAUGGAUAAGCAAUCCCUAGAGACCAAGAGUUUGGAAAUGACGUUCAUCCCCACCACCAAAGACACUGGAAAAGUUCUUGUUUGUCGGGCUAAGUUAAAUAUUAGUGAAAUGGAGUUUGAACCCAAACAAAGGCAGAGUACAGAGACACUGUAUGUUAACGUUGCCCCGAGGGAUACAACCAUCCUGGUUAGCCCUUCCUCCAUUGUGGAGGAAGGUAGUUUUGUAAACUUGACGUGCUUUAGUGAUGGCCUUCCAGCUCCAAAGAUUCUGUGGAGCAAGAAGCUAAAUAACGGAGAUCUACAGCCUCUUUCCGAAAAUACAACUUUCACCUUAAUGUCUACAAAGAUGAAAGAUUCUGGUAUUUAUGUGUGUGAAGGGAUUAACCAGGCUGGAAUAAACAGAAAAGAAGUCGAAUUAAUUAUUCAAGUUGUGCCAAAAGAUAUACAGCUUACAGCUUUUCCAUCUGAGAGUGUCAAGGAAGGAGACACUGUCACUAUUUCCUGUACAUGUGGAAACGUUUCAGAAAUUUGGAUAACGCUGAAGAAGAAAGCAGAAACGGGAGACAAGAUGCUAAAAUCUAUAGAUGGCACAUAUACCAUACCCAAAGCCCAGUUAGAGGAUGCAGGAGUGUACGAAUGUGAAUCUAAAAGUGCGGUUGGCUCCCAGUUAAGAAGCUUGACACUUGAUGUUAAAGGAAGAGAAAAUAACCAGGACUAUUUGUCUCCUGGACUUCUUGUGCUCUAUUGUGCAUGCUCCUUAAUAAUACCUGUCAUUGGAAUGACCGUCUACUUUGUGAGAAAAGCCAACAUGAAAGGCUCAUACAGUCUUGUAGAAGCACUGAAAUCAAAAGUGUAG